AACCCUAACCUCUCCCUGCUAAUGAUAUCCUGGGUCUUGCUUGGCCAGUGACUGCCAAGUUUGUGUCGUCCUUUCAUGUUACUUCCGAUUGAUUAUGGGUAUGUAUGUACUUGGGAAGACUGAUAUGAUGAUAGAAUGCGAAGUACAGCGGAAUACAUUGCCCUUGCAUCCUCUGAAGACGAAGCCUCGAAAGUAUCGUGUCCGAGCGAUGGAAGGGCCCAUGCGUAUUCAAAUGUUACAAAUUCAAGUGGCCCUUACAAUGCCCUAUUGGUCUGUGCUUGCAUCGCGGCUCUACUAUCCUCUGUUCUCUCCGUAUUACUCUUUGCUCGUGAUAUGUCUCUUGAUUUGCUUAUUACGCCAACCCGGAGCCCAAACGGUCGCUCGCUUCGUCGGCCCAGCCAGUACAUGAACCUCGACCGGGUACUCGAGAAUUCUACGUAUGACUUCCCACCAAUUACAAACUUUCCUCCUGUGACCUUCCAAGUGAAGGUCAAUGAUCCCCUUCGCACUAUGUGGGAAGAUGAACGGGGCUGGUACUCGAAACACGGAACAGUCUAUCCAGAUGAUCGUCGCAUUGUAGUCAAUGCAGAGACCUCUACUGUUCUGCAGUUUCGGAACAUGGAUUAUGCUAUGGAGCGCUGCAUCCUAAAUAUUACCAUACCGCAGCGCACAGACACUUUCGAUCCAAACGUUACCGUACUGGAACGAAGUUCAGUUGAUAUCUGGGUCCUGGACGCAGGGACAGAGCUAUUGCGGUACAUCGACGGAGCGACCGAAUAUGCUCCGAAGCGCAGAGAGCUCUUGACUACAUUAUCGUUCUCGGCUCUCUCCUCAAGCAGUUCUGGCCAGUUUCACUGUCCAUCUGUACAUUUCACGACUCUAGAACUUUCGUGUUCCCCUUCUAUGCCCAACUGUAAUGUCGAUUUUUGGCAAGAUCAACGGGCUCGCCCAAUUGGAGGCCUUCACAUGAUUCAGUACUCAUCCAUUCGCUCCGGACGAUGAUUAUCGUCUCGACAAGUUCAGGAUUCUUACCACAAUGUAGUGACAUCCAGCAAUAUCAAGAGGGAAUUGAGAUCAGACGUGCUCCAUCUGCUGCAUAUGGUUCUGUCAAUGCAGACGAGCAUGCCAUAAGACCCCGAAAGCUGUUUCCGACGGCGUCCCUUGCUCCCUCAUCCUAGCGGACUUUGGGUGCAUAAAGCUGUCAGGGCAAAUCACGCGUGGGGAUCUCCAAGGCCGAGAUCAACAUGGGAAACAGACUUCUAGGUUGGGAUGUACCUGCUUAGGAUUAGUCCGCACUCUGCACGGUUUGGCCGGUCUCAAUCUCUCUCUGGCGACUGUCGAACAAACUAGCCCUGAGCACAAUCACAUCGCUGGCAAAUGGCGAAGUAGUUGUUCAUCAGGCAUAUUCAGUAUCGAAGGACCACUGAUGAUCAGAGAUGCAUGUUUUUCUCUUAGAGCGCGUUCCGACUGGCUCAACGACCAGAAAUUUCCGAAGAUGCCUUCUCCAUUUGUUAUGGAUAUAUCUCGCGGGCUUCUUUGGUUCGAGUAGGGCAUCAAUGCGUCCACGACGGUCGGCGCGAUGGCGUACAGUAGGUCUGUGUUCAUAUAUUCAUCUUCACUGCGAUCUUGUACCUCGUUCUCUCACGUAGAUGCAGGACUUGGUGGCUGCAAUUCUUCGUUGUUACCACACUGGCUAUAAUCAAUCUUCAUUGUAACCUC